UAUUGGCGCUUGCGCUAGCUAUGACCGGAUAUUUUGCUAUGUCUAAGCUUUCCUAGCAAGUUAAUCUUUCCCAAAACGACAUACGUGUGUCUUCUCUGAAAACGUAACUGUAGUCAAAUGCAAUGAAAGAUAACCGUUGCUGACAAAAGCAUCACAUUUAUGUAAAGGAACCACAAUGGCAAGUGACGUAUGCAGCCAUGUGAGGGUGGUAGUUCGGGUGAGGCCAACCACCGAGAGGGAGAAGACUGAAAACUGUCGAAGUGUGGUCCAAGUGGUUGAUAACCACAUGCUCAUAUUUGACCCCAAGGAAGAGGACGCAUCAUGUUUUGGGUCACAAAGAGUCAGAAACAAAAAUAUCAACAAGAGGGCAAACAAAGAUCUUAAGUUUGUUUUUGACCAAGUCUUCGGCGAGGAAUCAACCCAGGGUGACCUCUUCGAGGGGACCACUAAAGCCGUUUUGGAUGGUGUGAUGAAUGGAUUUAACUGCACAGUGUUUGCAUAUGGUGCUACUGGAGCAGGCAAGACACAUACUAUGUUAGGCACCCAGAAUGACCCCGGGGUCAUGUACCGCACGAUGACGGAGCUGUUCAAACGCAUGGAGGAUGCCAAGGAGGAGAAAGAGUUUACUGUUGCAUUCUCAUAUUUUGAGGUUUACAAUGAACAGAUCAGAGACUUAUUGGCGAAUAUUGGGCCUCUUGCAGUCAGAGAGGACAGCUCUAAAGGAGUGGUUGUUCAAGGCCUCACGCUACAUAAGCCCAAAUCUGCAGCACACAUUCUUGAAGCUUUGGAUUCUGGCAAUCGCAACAGGACACAGCACCCUACUGACAUGAAUGCCAACUCUUCACGCUCCCAUGCUGUAUUUCAGAUAUAUUUGAGGCAGCAGGACAAAACGGCCAGCCUCAAUCCUAAUGCCUGCGUUGCAAAAUUGAGCCUGAUUGAUCUGGCAGGCUCAGAAAGAGCCAGCGCCACCAACGCUAAAGCGGCACGUUUGCGGGAAGGGGCUAACAUCAAUAAGUCACUCCUCGCCCUAGGGAAUGUCAUCAAUGCCCUCGCUGACCCAAAGAAUAAGAAGACUCAUAUACCGUACAGGGACAGCAAGCUGACGCGGCUACUUAAAGACUCCCUGGGGGGAAACUGCAGGACGGUUAUGAUUGCCAAUGUUAGCCCCUCAUCCAAGUCCUACGAUGACACCCACAACACACUUAAGUACGCCAACAGGGCCAAGGAGAUUAAAUCAUCGCUGAAGAGUAAUGUUGUAAGCUUGGACAGUCACAUUGGCCAGUAUGCAGUGAUAUGUGAGAAGCAACGGCAAGAGAUUGUGCAGUUGAAGAAGAAACUCAAAGACUAUGAGGAGAAGAACAUGGUGCCUGGGGCUUCUACCACCAUCUCUUCCCAGAAACAAGCAGAGUUUAAAAGGGUGUCAGAAGCUCUGCAGCAAAUCUUCUCGGGCCGAGCCCAAAUCAGAAAAGAGCAGCUGGAUCUGGAGAGACGACUGAAGGAGAACGAGCUGCGCCAGCGGUACAGUGAGGAGGACAACCUGCAGGUCCAAUGCUUCUGUGCCAAAGAAAAGACUGAGAAGGCCACUUGCAAGCAUGAGCGGAAGAUUGCCAGCUUACACACUCAGCAGCAACACAUUCUGAAGCGUCUGAAGGAGGCAGAGGUGCGUUUCCUGGACAAUGACGGCUGGCUACAUCGAGUUGAGAAUGAGAUCAAGCUGCUGAAGUCCACUGAUCAGACCUCGGAGGUGUUAGAUAAGAGCCUACACGGCCACCGACUGGAGCUGCAGGUUAAUGAUCUCAAACAACACAUCACUCAGAUGGUGGAGCUCACUGCACUGCAGGAUCAGGAGAACAAGCGAAUGCAAAAAAUGGUCAACAUCUUGUUGCCGGCUUAUUCUCGGCACUACUCUACGCUGCGUGCGGCUGGGCUGGUCACAGCCACAGAUGAGAUGGAGAACCAUGAACUAGAGCACCUUGUGUUGAGGGAGAGAGGCGUGGUCUGGGCAGACCAGGAAGUGGCAGGGCAGCAGCUGAAAGGUGUGGGGGCUGGAGGGGAGUCUCAGGAGGAGGCGGGCUGCAGCGACCUGGCACCUGUCCUGUCUUUCUCACAUCUGCUCUACCACCAGAGUUCUCCCUGCAGUGCAGAGAGGCGCAGGAAAAGAACCACGCUGUGCAAUGCUGCUUCACCCAAAGUUGGAGGAAAACAGCCAGAUAUGAAAGCAGAACAACGUCCAACGAUGCCCAUCAGGAGGAAUCUGUCUGCGUCGCUGCAACCAGAAAGCCCUCAGACGGUCGCCACAGCCCAGGUGUUUGAGGAGGGCAUGUUCCCACUCCAGUGCACACCUGAACCUUCUCAAAAAACAUUUAAAGACUUGCCACAGAGCUCAUCAAGUGCCAUGGAUCCUAACAUGACAUUUGAAGUUAUGGACGAUGAUGAUCAAACUGCAAGUAAUGCAACCAUCAUAUUAGGAAGUGGGAGUCCCUGUCAAGCGUUGGCGUCAACGGAGCUCUCGGGUCCCAGCCAACCACUCCGACUUCCGAAAGCCAACGAGGGGAACCAGGUUCCUAACAAAAGUCAACAGAUCCUGACUUUACAAGACAUGCGACGAGCCAACCCGACCUACAUGCACAUGACGUCGGCUGCCAACGGAAAGCGAAAAAUGAACUGCACCCAAGAAGACAUAACGCAGGAUGUGACUGCACCGAAGCGCAUCAAGAACGAAUCUUCAUUCGUCAGCAGACCCCUCCGAGUGCAUCGUUUUGAGGUUUCACAGGAGAACAGGCCACGAAGAGUUGUGAAGAGCGUUUCUGAAGGAAACCUGAUGGAACCUCGGAAGUCUAAGUCCAUUUUCUAUAAAACGUCUCAACAGUUCAAACGGGCGACCAAACGACUCUAAAGAAACAUUGUGUUUGAAUCCCACCAUUUAGCCUUCUUGAAAAUGUCCAUUCUCCAUCUUUUUACAACAUUUUCAUCUCCUCAAAAGUAUUUUCUUCAAAACCUAAAACUAGAGGUUUCUUUAACAAAAUGUAAUAUAAAUUGCACUAAUAUGCUAAUAUGUUGGAUUUAGCCUCACACGGCAGUGGCAUUUUACUUGACUGCACAUACAUUGUAUAGUUCUUGAUAAUCUAAUUUGAUUAUGUUUAGAUGCAUUAGUUUCUUUGAACUGUUCUCAAAAAAAAGGAUUGAUCUGGUACUGUAGGUAGCAAAUGUCCCUGGGCAGCUAAUAUCAAAGGAAGAUUACUUGACCUUAGAUAAAGGAAUGGCUGCAGAAAGAAUUGAAACUGCUCUACACUGAAAAGUUUGAAUUUGUUUUCUCUUUUUUCUCUGAUGUACAGUUAAUAACAUGGAUUUAUGGAUAUGUCGUAAUAAAAAUGCUUGUAAAAGAA